AUGAGUGAUGAAAAUGAACAAAAGAAAAACAUACUUGUUCAAGAAAUGAAAGAUUAUAAGAAUAGUGAAAAGAAAUUUCCUGAACUUUUAAGAAGUUGUGUAAUGGAAAAUGUUUCAGACAAGCAGGACGCGGAAAGAUUCUUAAAACUGUUUGACGAUGCAUACCUGAAAAUUAUGAAUCUUGAUGAACUAGAACUGUUAUGUUCUUUCAUCUUAAAAAAGAGAAAUAUUAACGUUAAGUGA